AUGGCGCCUCUACCCAUUUCUUUCACAGAGCUCCUUUCUCUCACACAGCUCGAUAUCCAACAAGCGUCGAUAGGUUUUAAUACAACUACCUUAGAGAGCGAUCACUUUAUCUGCGUCCGCGAGAAAAGCGACGAAGCCGCUGCUCAAGUAGUGAUAGUCGAUCUUCACAAUGGCAACGAAGUGACUAGGCGGACUAUUAAGGCCGACAGUGCUAUUAUGCACUGGACCAAGAAAAUCAUUGCUCUUAAGGCCCAACGGACACUCCAGAUCUUCAACCUGGAAGCCAAGGAGAAAAUCAAGUCACACACUAUGAACGAAGAUGUUGUGUUUUGGAAGUGGAUCAGCGAGAAGAGCUUGGGUCUUGUUACUGAUGCUGCUGUCUAUCACUGGGAUGUAAUGGACCCUACACAGGCAACCCCGGUGAAGGUGUUCGAGCGACACACAAACUUGAACAACUGUCAAAUUAUCAAUUAUCGUGUCAAUUCGGACGAGAAAUGGAUGGUUGUUGUUGGUAUCUCUCAGCAGCAAGGCCGCGUGGUUGGAAAUAUGCAGCUUUACUCGCGGGAUAGAGGUAUCAGUCAGGCUAUCGAGGGUCACGCCGCCGUAUUUGCUGAGCUUCGUCUUGAGGGGGCUCCGGCCGACACAAAACUUUUCACCUUUGCGGUUAGAACAGCCCAGGGAGCCAAGUUGCAUGUUGUCGAAGUCGAUCACCCACCCAACAACCCGGUAUUCCAGAAGAAGGCGGUCGAUGUAUACUUCCCUGCUGAAGCCGUGAACGAUUUCCCAGUUGCAAUGCAGGUUUCGCCAAGGUUUUCAAUCAUUUAUCUUGUCACUAAAUAUGGAUUUAUCCACCUUUACGACCUUGAGACAGGAACAUGUAUCUUCAUGAACCGAAUCUCCAGUGACACGAUCUUUAUCACAGCCCCUCACGAUGCCACAUCCGGUAUUAUCGGUGUCAACAGGAAGGGACAGGUCUUGUCUGUGAGCGUGGACGAAAACCAUAUCAUUGACUAUCUACUUGAGAACCCUGCAAACUCGGGCCUAGCCAUCAAGCUUGCUUCCCGGGCUGGUCUCAAGGGCGCUGAUGACCUUUACCAGAAGCAAUUCCAGACCCUCAUGGACCAGCAGAAUUACAUUGAAGCGGCGAAGGUUGCGGCGAAUUCACCCCGAGGAUUCCUUCGUACCCCCCAAACAAUUGACAAGUUUAAAGCAGUCCCAGCGCCCCCUGGUCAACUAUCUGUUAUUCUUCAGUAUUUCGGCAUGUUGCUAGACAAGACCACUUUGAAUAAGUAUGAGACAAUCGAGCUGGUCAAGCCAGUCUUGGCACAAAAUAGGAAACAUUUGUUAGAGAAAUGGCUGAAGGAGAAUAAGCUGGAGUGCACGGAGGAGUUGGGAGAUAUUGUCAAGCUGCAUGAUCUUAACAUGGCGCUGAGCGUAUACCAACGCUCUAACUCUCCGCAGAAGGUUAUUGCGUGCCUUGCUGAAACCGGCCAGUUCGACAAAAUCUUGCCAUAUGCGCAGAGUGUCGGAUACACCCCUGAUUACACGGCUCUUCUUCAGCACAUGGUCCGCAUCAAUCCAGAGAAGGGAGCAGAUUUUGCAACUCAGCUCGCCAGUCACCAGGGUGGUUCCUUAGUUGACAUUGACCGUGUUGUUGAUAUUUUCCUUUCCCAGAACAUGAUCCAACAAGCCACGGCUUUCCUGUUAUCUGCUUUGGAUGGAAACAAACCGGAACAUGCUGCUCAACAGACACGCCUUCUUGAAAUGAAUUUGGUGCAUGCGCCUCAAGUAGCUGAUGCUAUUCUCUUGAACAACAUGUUCAGUCACUAUGAUCGCCAAAAGAUUGCUCAACUUUGCGAGAACGCCGGGCUCUUCCAAAGGGCUUUGGAGCAUUAUGAAGAUCCCGCGGCCGUCAAGCGGAUUCUUCAGCAAUCCCUGGAUUGCUUGAGUGAAAUGUUGCGGGCAAACAUCCGUCAAAAUCUCCAAGUUGUCAUUCAAGUGGCUACCAAAUAUUCCGAUUUGCUUGGACCACACCGCUUGAUCGAAUUGUUUGAAAGCUUCAAGACAUUUGAGGGUCUCUACUAUUAUCUUGGAAGUAUUGUGAACCUCAGCGAAGACGCCGAUGUCCACUUCAAGUACAUCCAAGCUGCCACUAGAUGUGGGCAAUUCAGCGAAGUGGAGCGCAUUUGUCGUGACAGUCAGUUUUAUAACCCCGAGAAGGUCAAGAAUUUCCUGAAGGAGGCAAAAUUGGCCGAACAGCUGCCUUUGAUCAUUGUUUGUGAUCGAUUCAAUUUCAUUCAUGAGUUGGUUUUAUAUCUUUAUCAGAACCAGCAGUUUAAGUCGAUUGAAGUUUACGUGCAGAGGGUCAACCCUGCAAGGACACCGGCAGUCGUCGGUGGACUGUUGGAUGUGGACUGUGAUGAGUCGAUCAUUAAGAGUCUGUUGGGCUCUGUUCAGAGCUCGGCAAUCCCUAUUGAUGAGCUUGUUGCCGAGGUUGAACGAAGAAAUCGUCUCAAACUUCUACUGCCUUUCCUCGAAGAAUCAUUGAAUAGCGGAAACCAACAACCUGCCGUUUUCAAUGCGUUGGCCAAGAUUUACAUCGAUAGUAAUAACAACCCCGAGAAAUUCUUGAAGGAAAACGAUUUUUACGAUACGCUUGUGGUUGGUAAAUACUGCGAGAAAAGGGAUCCGUACCUCGCGUUCAUUGCAUACCAGAAAGGGUCGAAUGAUGUGGAGUUAGUUAAAAUCACCAACGAGAACUCCAUGUUCAAACAGCAAGCUCGUUACCUUGUCAAGCGUCGUGAUGCUGAGUUGUGGGGUUUCGUCUUGAGUCAAAAUAACAUCCACCGCCGGUCACUCGUGGAUCAAGUGGUUGCAACUGCUGUACCAGAGUCUACCGAUCCUGAAGACGUUUCCGUCGCAGUGCAGUGUUUCUUGAAAUUCGAUUUACCAACAGAGCUUAUCGAGCUUUUGGAGAAGAUCAUUCUUGAACCCUCACCAUUCAGCGAUAAUAGCAGUCUUCAAAACCUCUUGAUUCUUACUGCUGUCAAGGCGGACAAGGCUAGAGUCAUGGACUACAUCCACCGUCUUACCAAUUAUGACGGCCCUGAUGUUGCCCAGAUUUGUAUCCAAAACAACCUUUAUGAGGAGGCGUUCGAAGUCUUCAAGAAGGUUGAUGCGCACAGCGAAGCGGUUAAUGUCCUUAUCGAAUACAUUGUCAGCAUUGACCGUGCUUAUGCAUACGCCGACAAAGUCGAUCUUCCCGAGGUUUGGAGCCGUCUUGGUAAAGCACAACUUGAUGGACUGCGUGUUUCAGACUCCAUUGAAUCUUAUAUCCGUGCCAACGAUCCCGGAAACCACUCAGAAGUCAUCGAAAUUGCCGGCCAUGCUGGCAAGAACGAAGAACUCAUUAAAUAUCUUCAUAUGUGCCGUAAAACGCUGAGAGAGCCAGAGGUUGACAGCAGUUUGGCGCUGUCCCUUGCCCGUGUUGACAAGCUUUCUGAUUUAGAGGAUUUCUUGAAUGGGCCCAAUGUUGCCAAUGUUGACGAAGCUGGUGACCGAGCAUAUGAGGAGGGUCUUCAUCAAGCAGCCAAGAUCUUCUUCUCUAGCAUCUCAAAUUGGGCUAAGUUGGCGACUACACUCGUGUUCCUGGAAGAGUACCAGAAUGCUGUCGAGUGUGCUCGUAAGGCCAACAGCACCAAAGUAUGGAAACAGGUCAAUGAAGCGUGUGUGGCAAAGAAAGAGUUCCGUUUGGCGCAAAUCUGUGGUUUGAACUUGAUUGUUCACGCAGAGGAAUUGCAAGACCUUGUUAAGCAGUAUGAGCGUAACGGCUACUUUGAUGAAUUGAUCAGUCUCCUCGAGGCUGGAUUAGGACUUGAACGUGCACACAUGGGAAUGUUCACCGAACUUGGCAUUGCUCUGUCAAAAUACCACCCUGAUCGUGUCAUGGAGCACUUGAAGCUCUUCUGGGGCCGUAUCAAUAUUCCCAAGAUGAUCCGCGCGUGCGAACAGGCUCACCUUUGGCCUGAGCUCAUCUUCUUGUAUUGCCAUUAUGAUGAGUGGGAUAACGCUGCAUUGGCGAUGAUGGAGAGGGCAGCUGAUGCCUGGGAACAUCAGUCUUUCAAAGACAUCGUUGUCAAAGUUGCCAAUUUGGAGAUUUACUAUCGCGCUCUAAACUUUUACCUCCAGGAGCAGCCUUCUUUGCUUACAGAUCUUUUGGCUGUACUUACACAGCGCAUUGAUGUUACUCGUGUUGUCCGCAUGUUCGAAAAGUCGGACAAUAUCCCACUGAUUAAGCCAUUCCUCAUCAGCGUACAGUCACAGAAUAACAAGGUCGUCAAUAACGCCAUUAACGAUCUUCUUAUCGAGGAGGAGGAUUAUAAGACUCUUAGAGACUCCGUUGAAAACUAUGACAACUAUGAUCCCUUAGAACUUGCCAAACGCCUUGAGACACAUGAACUUGUCUUUUUCAGACAGAUAGCUGCCAGUAUCUAUCGUAAACAAAAACGAUGGAGCCAGUCAAUUGCCUUGUCUAAGCAAGACAGACUAUUCAAGGAUGCCAUCGAGACAGCUGCUGUAUCAGGCAAAGAGGAUGUCGUUGAGGAGCUGCUUCGUUACUUCGUUGAUAUUGGUAGUCGCGAGUGUUACGUUGGAAUGCUUUAUGCCUGUUACGAUCUUAUCCAACUUGACGUUGUUAUGGAAAUUUCAUGGCGCCAUGGCCUUAAUGAUUACACUAUGCCCUUCAUGAUCAACGCCAUGAGGCAACAAUCCAUGAAGAUUUCUACCUUGGAAAAAGAUAAUGAAGAGCGUAAAGCCAAGGAGGUCACCCAACAACGAGAUGAAGACAAUACCCCCAUUCUUCUGGGUAACCGGUUGAUGUUGACAGCCGGUCCUGGGGGUCCGAUGCAGUACUCUAAUGGGAUCGCGCCACAGGCUACUGGAUACUCGGGUUUUUAG